AAUACAUGGCGCAGGUUUGCUCGUGAAGGUCCACCAGCUUACGUUAGCAUCUCUUUCCUGCGGUCAGAGACCACUCCUCUUGAGUCCCUAAAUCAUCCUGAUUGGGCCACGUGCCAUCAUUUGUCUCCCGCGUCGUACAUCUAUCCGUUAACCCUAGACUAUCUAUUUUCAUCACUUUGUCUUCUCUGUGACCCUUCAAUCGAAGAAGAGAAGAGAAAAAAAAACAAAAGAUAAAACCAAUAAUAUUCAAACGAACGUAGAAAAAUAGUUAUCAAGAAAGAAAAAAAAAGGAGAAAAAUUGAAAAUGGGGAAACUUCUUUGCGAUUCGUCGACCGUGGCGGAGACAUUUCAGACGUCAUCUCCGACGGUCCCUUGGAGGGAACCAAACUCAGCGACUCUUGAAGCAGUUGAUCUAGUUGACCAGACCAUCGCGUCCACGACGGCUGCCACGUGGGAGAACGUUAUUGGCCUAGAGGACCAGCAGAGACGGCAUCUAAUAAAGCUUCACACCAAGGGAGUGCUGUGGAAGCACCCGAACGAGCAAGGCUCAUCGUUGGUGUUCCGGCUGUCUCAUGGAGGCGAUGUGUCGGCGGAUGGAAACUGCCUCUUCACAGCCUCGCAAAGGGCGAUGGCGCGUGAGGUGGACGCGCGGGAUCUGAGGAGGCGGACAAUUAAGCGGUUCUUGGAGGAUUUUGGAUCUGCUAAGGAAGAAGAGAGGCAAGUUAUAAAUGAGGCGAUUAGGAAUAUGUACUCGCCGGAUCUGAGGAAUGGGUGGGGGGUUCAUGUGGUUCAAGAAGUUAAGUUGUUAGCCAAGAAGGAGGAGCGCGUUGCCUUGGACUUGGCCAUUGACGACAUCGUACAGCUCGGAAUGCAAAGAGAAUUGGUAGCGGAAUCUAUUUACAAAGAGAGAUGUGUUCCUGUGAAUGAUGACUCAAGCUGGGCCAAAUACAUGUCGAUUUCUGGUUCACCUGAUGAUGAAUAUGAUAUCAUCACCUUGCAAUAUACUGAGGAGGGUUUAUUAUCUGUAGAUGAGAAUAGAGAAGGUCAUGCUGCUGCAUUUGGAGAUGACAUUGCCAUCGAAUGUCUUGCAACGGAGUUUAAUAGAGAAAUAUAUGUAGUGCAAGCGCAUGGAUCAGAUGCUAUGGUUGAUGAAGACAAUUGUGUUUUCUUCCUUCCACAUCGUCCAAGGAGUGAAAUAUGUGAGCCUCCCUUCUUCCUGUUUAUGAAAGGAACAGGUUGGUGUGGUGCUGGCGCUGAUCAUUAUGAACCUUUGAUUGCCCAUGCUUCUUCACUUGUUUCUCCUGAGAAGGUUGCUCUGGUACUCUGAGGGUUUCGUGGCUAAGAGAUUAAAUAGAAUUAGUUCAUUCCCCCCCCCCAAUGUUUGGCAAGCAAAGGAGUUCUCUAGAUCCUUUUUCUAUGAGAAUUCCAUUGCAUAGCAUUCUCCUAUUUUGUGUUAACAUUAUCUAGAAUUGGUUGUACUCGACAUUUAGUUUGAGUAAGCGUUAGUAUUUUGUAGUGGUUUUGCCGGCUUCUUUUGUUGUGGUUGAGUUAGUGAGCUAGGUGCUUUUUCCUCCAAGCUGGAAUAGUGCCAUCCUUGUUGUAUCUUAGUUGGACUUUGUCCAUUCAAUGAUCGAAAUGACAAUUUUUUGGUCUGCUCAAUGCCUAGCUUUUAUCUUGUCUGGUUUUCUUGUCAGUAAUGAUCCAUUUACAACUAUAGCUUGUACGGACAAAAUAAAAAAGCUUAUGCUUUUUAAAAUGAGUUAAAAAAGUUUAACACCAAUAUUUUAACGGGCUCCAAAUUUCUUCAUUUCAAUUAGCAGGGCAAAAGAUUCAUAAUUUUAGUCACUGUGUGUAAUUGGGGCGUUAAAUUGUAGAAAUAGAUAAAUGUUUAAUGACUGGGGACUUCGAAGGUAAACGUCUUCAAAUAAAGCUGGAUGGU